AUGCCCCCUCGCGAUGGGCUCGACAACUACGACAACAACGGCUACAAGACGGACACACGCCGCGCCGUCGAAAUUGAACAUUCCUCGGACGGCUUUCGAAUCCUUCGAUUCACCGUCGAUCCUCACCGAGAUGUGAACCCAAGUCCCGUCGAGAUAACCCCUGGAGGCGACGGGAUCCGCCGCCCAAGCCCCGGAAACACCGACAAUGGCAAUUUACAGGGAGUCGAUCGCAUCCGGCAGCAACUUGAUCUUUGCUUCCACCAGUCGUGGCAGCCUCGGGGUUGUCCCCAUCCAAGCCGGCCUAGGUCCAUCUGUCUCCGUUUCGAUUCGCCAGAUGAUAGAGCCGGCCGUGUCAUCUACUCCUCAUCGCAUCUCGACAAUCCACCAGCACCACCUGACGUCUUCUUGCCGAGGAGCGGCAAGGAGUAG